AUGAAUCCUACCGGCUUCUUCCUCCUUACAUUGCUCCUGGUUCUGGUGACAGAAACAGCUUCAAGGAAAACCCGUGAAAAAUUCUCACAAGCCUCCGACGACAACAUUGAUCUAAAGGCACUGGGGGGUAGGGGAGGAUCCAGUUCUUCCCAUGAAGAAUACAGCAGCAGUGAGAGCUCAUGGAGCUCCUUUAAGUCAAAAAAACCGAAAAGCGUCGUCAGCGAGGAAGUCUAUGAGGAGAGGAGGCAUAAACAGCGUAGUGGGGACAGCGGUGAUGGCGACAGGUCCGGUGAAUCUGCGGGGGAAAUGGAGAGCUUCACAAGGCGAAAGGCAAAGCAGCGGUUUGGACAAGAAAUGAAUGAGUGAUACAGCUACGGACCAGCUGAAGGCCUGCAUCAAUA